GGAUCUUUACUCUUGGAGAAUGACCUCAAAAUGUUCAUCAGGAAUGUAUUCUCAGAGAGGAAAUGACAUGACUUCAAGACGAGCUAACUCAUAAGAAAAUGAACUUCCAUUGCAAUGAGUCCUCAAGCGCCACGCCUACGGGAUAUUUUCCAAACUGCAGCCUUCAGCCACGACUACAACCCGCAACCCAUUUUCAUUUCUCAUGAGUCAGCGGACACCAUGUCUGGGAGGACCGGGGAAGGACGCUCUGGCCGCACUAGAUGCUUGGGGCGACGACUAUGAUAAGCCCCUCUAUCCGUUGCUGGCGGCCAGACUCUGUGGUCGCGAUUUGGAAAUCUGCGCGGGAAGUGGGCGGUGCGGUGAAGCGGCGGUGGGUUGUCCUUUGGAGCUGCCCAAUCGAGGUGCACUAUUCUGUGCGCCUUCGGCGGCCUCUGAUUACAGCCUCAGCCAACUGAUCUCAGCCUCCCCGGAGAAGCCGCCCCUUUGAGCUGUAAGGGGGCGGGGACGGGGCGGGGCUCUGGCUGUGCCUCGGAGUUGGCGGCUUGCUCUGUCGGCGUGCAGGCGGGCUGUGAAAGACAGCGGCAGGAGCCAAUCAGCGAAUCGGCCCUCGCCCCGCUCAGGCACUCGCGCCAUCCCGGUCGCGGCCGUUACUGGUGGCGCGCGCGGGGACUCAAAGUAGAUCAUGGAAGACACCCAGGUUAUUAACUGGGAAGUUGAAGAAGAGGAGGAGGUUGAAGAGAGACCCAGUGAAUCUUUGGGGUGUAGCUCGGAGCCCCUUGGGCGACUGCGUAUCUUCAGUAGUUCCUAUGGACCAGAAAAAGAUUUCCCAUUAUACCUCGGGAAGAAUGUGGUAGGCCGAAUGCCUGAUUGCUCUGUGGCCCUGCCCUAUUCAUCUAUCUCCAAACAACAUGCGGUGAUUGAAAUCUUGGCCUGGGACAAGGCACCUGUCCUCCGGGAUUGUGGGAGCCUCAAUGGUACUCAAAUCCUGAGGCCUCCUAAGGUCCUAGGCCCUGGGGUGAGUCAUCGUUUGAGGGACCGGGAGUUGAUUCUCUUUGCUGACUUGCCCUGCCAGUACCAUCGCUUGGAUGUCCCCCUGUCCUUUGUCUCCCGGGGCCCUCUAACUGUAGAGGAGACACCCAGGGUACAGGGAGGAACUCAACCCCACAGGCUUCUGUUGGCUGAGGACUCAGAGGAAGAAGUAGAUUCUCUUUCUGAAAAGUGUGUGGUGAAAGGACCAAGGACCUCCUUUUUGGCAACAGUAGUUCCAGAGAGCGAUGAGGAGGGACCUUCGUCUGCCCUGGAUGGCCCUGGGCCACCUUUUGCCUUCAACUUGAACAGUGACACAGAUGAGGAAGAAAGUCAGCAACCAGGAGCAGGGGAGCCCUCCUCAGCUGCCAGAAGAGUCACCGCUGCAGAGACAGAACAGCCUAAACCUGUCACAACUGAAAUCCAGCUUGAAAAGGAUCAGUGUUCAGUGAAGGAGAAGAACAAUGACACGAAAGUUGAGAGGAAUGCGAGGAGUGGGGUGGUUCCAGUUGGAGUGAUUCUGGAGAGGAGCCAGCCUGCUGGGGAGGACAGUGACACAGACGUGGAUGAUGAGAGCGGGCCUCUGAGAAGGCUCACUGGGGUCCAUCUGGAAAGGGCCCAGCCUUGUGGCUUCAUAGACAGUGAUACUGAUGUGGAAGAAGAGGGGAUCCCUGCGACCCCAGCAGUAGUUCCUGUGAGGAAGAGGCACAUCUUCCAUGAAGUUGGUACAGAGAGUCCUCGGGCACCUGGCGUGGCACAUCGGCAGGAGAGCCCGGCUGGUAGUGAUACAGAUAUAGAGGAGAGGGAGGCCCCCCUGACCGUUCCUCUGGACAGAAGCCGAGCCUCUGUCGUGAUCGAUAGCAAUACAGAUGACAAGGAAGAAGUCUCAGCAGCGCUCACACUGGCACAUCUAAGAGAGAGCCGGGCCGUUGCGUGGAACAGAGAUGCAGAUGCAGAAGAGGAUAGGGCCCAACCGGUGGCCCUUCUGGAGCAAAGCCAAGCCUCUGCUGGGAGAGACAGUGACACAGACGUGAAGGAAAAGGGGCUCCCAGUGGAGAAGACAGGAACUGUUCCCAGGGGUCACACGGGCAAGGCAUAUUCGGAAAAGAGUCAACCUCCUCUCAGGGACAGUGAUACAGAGGUGAUGGAAGAGAAGAGCUCACUGGGGUUCCACCUGCAGAGAAGCCGAGCCUCUGCCACAGUGCAUGUCAACACACAAGUGGUGGAGGAAGUCCCACCAGGGCCAGCUGUUACACUUCUGGAGAAGCAUCAAGUACCUGUAGCAUGGACACGUCAAACAGAUGUGGAAGCUGAAGGAGGCCCAGCAAAGCUGCCUGUGGUGUAUCUAGAAGAAGCCCAGCCUCCUCUAGCUGGGGACUGUGGCCCAGAUGCAGAGGAGAACACAUCCUUAGCAGCCUCAGCAGUGGCAGAUGUAAGAAAGAGCCAGCUUCAUGCAGAAGAAGAUACUGGGACAGAGUGGGCUGCAGCCGUUCUUGAACAGGGCAGAGCUUUUAUGGCUGGGGCCCAGGGUGGGUCACCCGCGGCCCAAGUGGAGCAGGACCUUCUCCCUGUCUCAAGGAAUAACAUAGCACAUCUGGUGGUGGACACAGGCACUCCAGGGGAACCCACCCAGCCACAGAGAGAGGGGGCCCAGACCCCCACAGAAAGGGAGAGAGAACCACAUGUGGAUAGGACCAUGAACUCUGGAGACAACCACGAUGAUUCUGAAGAUCUGGACCUACAAGCUACCCAGUGCUUUGUGGAGAGAGAGAAUCAGAGCCUGGAAGUCCCCAGCAUGGAGGAUGAACCCACGCAGGCCUUCCUGUUUACUCUGCCCCAAGAGCCUGGCCCUUCCCGUUGCAGCUUCCAGGCCACAGGUUCCCUGGAUGAGCCAUGGGAGGUCUUGGCUACACAGCCAUUCUGUCCGAGAGAGUCUGAAGCCUCUGAGACCCAGCUCAUUGCCACCCACAUUGAAGCCCAUGGACCUUGCCCCUCUCCACCUACGGCAGCACCACAAGAGCAACAUCCAGAAAGUCCAGUUCAUGCAGAGUCACUGGGGAUUCAAGGCAGAGGGAUGCAGACUGUGGAGGAAGACAUGGGUACACCAAGAGAAACAGCAGAGAGGGUGACCCCUGAGAGAGGGCCAUUGGAGAGGGAAACUGAGAAACUGCCCUCGGAAGGAGAGAGGGAAGAUGUGUUGGGAGAGGAAGAAUCAACCAGGGGGAUACAGGACAGAGAACAAAAACAGGUGUUAGCUAGGGAUACUCAGAAACAAGAGUCUGACAAAAGAGUAAAAAGUGCAAGUACUGAAAGGGAUAUGGAGACUUUGAAGGUAGAAAUUGAGACACCUAAGGAAAUACAAGAGAAAGAGAGAGAAAAGCAGACUCUUACAAGAGAAAUAUUUGACAGAGAAGCAGAGAAACCAGUAGCAGAGAGAGAGUGUGAGGCAGGUGGGUUAGAAGGGAAGGUACCCAAAGUGAUGCUGGACAGAGGCCCACAGACAGGGGAGACAGAGGCGGGGGGCCAGGACCAGAAAGGCCAGGCCUCAGGUUCGACACCAGAGCCUGGAGCGGGGGCGGGAGACCUUCAGGGACUUGCUUCAGACCCCAUAGCUUCUGGGAGCCAGUCAGGUGGAGGAAGGGGUGCCCCAGUGAGACCCAGGAGGCAGCAGAGAGGCUACUUGAAUUGUAAGAUGCCACCUGCUGAGAAGACUUCCAGGGGUGAUCAGGAAUCCCCAGCUGCUUGUCGGCCUCCGGCAGUGCAGGAAGCUUCCGCGCCACUCCAGAACCCCCUCAUCUCUCAGAGCCCCAAAAGUCCUGCCCCUCAGUCCCUCCUUUCGCCCUCUCCACCUCCUUCAGAACCGCCCAUUCCCAGGACCAGACAAAAUGAGAGUCAGGAAGCUCUGGAGACUCCUUUUUCCUCAGAGCUGGACGCUCUCCACCCAAAACCCAAAGUCAAACCCCAAGGGUCCUCUCCAGUUUCUUCUGUACCCCUUGAGCCCCACCCUACCCCCUCCACAGACCAGCCUGUCACCCCCAAGCCCACAUCUCGGGCCACUCGGGGCAGGACACUUAGGUCCUCUGUCAAAACCCCUGAACGAAAUGUCUCCACAGCCCCUGAGCUCCAGCCUUCUGCCCACACAGACCAGCCUGUCACCCCCAAACCCACAUCUCAGGCCACUCGGGGCAGGACACAGAGGGCUUCUGUCAAGACUCCCGAACCAGUUAUCUCCACAGCCCCUGAGCCCCAGCCUUGCACUUCCACAGACCAGCCUGUCACCCCCAAACCCACAUCUCGGGCCACUCGGGGCAGGGCACUCAGGUCCUCAGUCAAAACCCCUGAACGAAGUGUCUCCACAGCCCCUGAGCUCCAGAAUUCUGCCCACACAGACCAGCCUGUCACCCCCAAACCCACAUCUCGGGCCACUCGGGGCAGGGCACUCAGGUCCUCAGUCAAAACCCCUGAACGAAAUGUCCCCACAGCCCCUGAGCUCCAGAAUUCUGCCCACACAGACCAGCCUGUCACCCCCAAACCCACAUCUCGGGCCACUCGGGGCAGGGCACUCAGGUCCUCAGUCAAAACCCCUGAACGAAGUGUCUCCACAGCCCCUGAGCUCCAGAAUUCUGCCCACACAGACCAGCCUGUCACCCCCAAACCCACAUCUCGGGCCACUCGGGGCAGGGCACUUAGGUCCUCUGUCAAAACCCCUGAACAAAAUGUCCCCACGGCCCCUGAGCUCCAGCCUUCGGCCCACACAGACCAGCCUGUCACCCCCAAACCCACAUCUCGGGGCAGGACACAGAGGGCUUCUGUCAAGACUCCCGAACCAGUUAUCUCCACAGCCCCUGAGCCCCAGCCUUCCACUUCCACAGACCAGCCUGUCACCCCCAAACCCACAUCUCGGGCCACUCGGGGCAGGGCACUCAGGUCCUCAGUCAAAACCCCUGAACGAAGUGUCUCCACAGCCCCUGAGCUCCAGCCUUCUGCCCACACAGACCAGCCUGUCACCCCCAAACCCACAUCUCAGGCCCCUCGGGGCAGGACACUUAGGUCUUCUGCUAAGACCCCUGAACCAGUUGUCCCCAUAACUCCUGAGCCCCAGCCUUCCACCUCUAAAGACCAGUCUCUCACCCCUGAGCCCACAUCUCAGGCCACUCGGGGCAGGACACAUAGGUCCUCUGUCAAGACAUCCCAGCCAACUGAACCCACAGCUCCUUACCUUGAACCUUCGUCCCCCACAGACCAGCCUGUCACCCCCAAAGUCAUAGCUCAGUGUGGUCAGAGCAGGACACUAAGGUCUUCUACAGUAAGUGCUGUGCCAGUUCCUACCACCCCUGAAUUCCACUCUCCAGUCCCCACAGAACAGCCUAUUCCCCCUGAGCCCAUCCCUGAAGCCAAUUGCAGCAGGAGGCCAAGGGCCACUAGGAAACCUGGGUCUCUCACAGCUCACGUUCAUGAACCCUACUCUGCGCCCUCCGAACCUAACUCCCGGUCCUCAAGGAACCAGAGACGAGGGGCGGUGAGAGCAGCCGAGUCCCUUAGCACCAUUCCUGAGCCUGCCUUUGCCCAGCUUCCCGAGGCACCCACUCAUGCUCCCCAGAUCCCAAAGGGGGAGGCAGCAGAUAGAUCUGGCUUCACCCCAGAGCCCCAGCCUGAGGCCUCUCAAAAUCACAAGAGGCCUUUAGCUACUGUGGACUCACCUCCACUUCAAAAACGGCUCCAAAGAGAAGUUCCCCAGAAGACAGCAUUCCUUAAGGAAGAAGAAGAAAAUCCUGCAGCGAAGCUGAGGAAGAUAGAGGAUGUAGUGAUUCCAGAACCAGGCAAGAGAAAGAGAGAGCAGACAGAGGAGGAGCCCCGGGAAAUACCGAGCCGCAGCCUGCGACGGACCAAACCUAUCCAAGAGUCCACGGCCCCCAAAGUGCUCUUCACAGGCGUGGUAGAUGCUCAUGGAGAGCGGGCAGUGCUGGCCCUGGGGGGCAGUAUGGCCAGCUCAGUGGCUGAGGCUUCCCACCUGGUGACGGAUCGGAUCCGCCGGACAGUCAAGUUCCUGUGUGCCCUGGGGCGGGGCAUCCCCAUCCUCUCCCUGGACUGGCUGCACCAGUCCCGCAAGGCAGGUUGCUUCUUGCCCCCGGCUGAAUAUGUGGUGACUGAUCCUGAGCAGGAGAAGAACUUUGGCUUCAGCCUUCGGGAGGCCCUGAGCCGGGCUCGGGAGCGAAGGCUGCUGGAGGGCUAUGAGAUUCACGUGACCCCAGGAGUCCAGCCACCACCACCUCAGAUGGGAGAGAUCAUCAGCUGCUGUGGAGGCACCGUCCUACCCAGCAUGCCCCGGUCCUAUAAGCCUCAGAGAGUUGUGAUCACAUGUUCCCAGGACUUCCCUCGAUGUGCCAUUCCAUUUCGGGUUGGGCUGCCCAUCCUCUCACCUGAGUUCUUGCUCACAGGAGUACUAAAGCAGGAAGCCAAGCCAGAGGCCUUUGUCCUCUCCACUUUGGAAAUGUCAUCCACCUGAAAACCCCACCCCAGUAUGCUUUUCCUCCCAGACCAAUAUAUAAAGUGUUAGAAAUAUUUGGAAGAAAGAACUUAGGGCUUUAGAAAGGAUUGGGGUGUACUGAUCUGAUUUGUCUUGGAACACGGGUGGGGCCGAAAAGGCUUGUUGGUAAACAAAGACAGGGAGAUUGGGAGCCACAGAUUUUCUUAAAUGGCCAUUUAAAGUUGGCCAAUCCCAUGCUCAGAUAUCUUAAGUUGCUGCUCAUAUUUAGCUGGACUGAUGUGCUUAUUGCUCUAUGGCACGCACAGUGUCCUGCCUCCUGUUUGGAAACCAUUUGUUUCUCUUCUUCUUUUCUUACUGGGAUUCUUACUCAUCCUGCAAAAGAUAGUGGAAACAAUUUUAGUGUCCUGAACUUGAAAGAAUGCUUGGAGUGAGUAAAUUUGAAGGUGGAGUUAUGGAAUGCUACUAAAAUAUUUUCCUCUCUCCUUGCCCUAUCUCGUUAGAAGCAUCCUUUAGCUUUGACGUUGAGCAAAUCUCUGCCCUUUUUUUUUUUUCUGGCCUGCUUUUCCAGUAUUUAUAAAGUUAGCUUAGGCUUAACCUCUGUGAUAAAUAAAUAUUCACUAUGUGCCUUA